CUCGUCUAUUUCGUGAGCAAUGCAUUAGUCAUCGAACGGCAUUAACUCUCCGCGGCAUUCCCAGUCAAUCGAUUUAGUGUUCUUCGAAACGUUGAUCUCCGUACGACCGAAGCUUUAUCGAGCUCUUCAAUUGAAAAUGUUACUCGAAUUGUUGGCUUUUCUUAUUGCCGGCAUAGCUUUCUUCUAUAAUUGGGCCACCAAAAAUAAUGACUUCUUCGAAAAGCGUAACAUACCCUAUGCCAAGCCUUCGUUCUUUUUCGGCACGGUUAAAGACAUCACUUUGAAUAGGAAAAGUCGUUUUGAUGCCAUGUGUGAAUUCUAUAAUCAACACAGUGGACCGGUCUAUGGCAGUUUUGAAAAUCGCGACCCCAUUCUGGUGAUACGUGAUCCGCAGCUUGUCAAGCGCAUUCUAAUCAAAGACUUUGAUCAUUUCGUGAAUCGUCGUGGCGUAUUUACCGAAGGCAGUGACAACAUGUUUGGCAAUUCCCUGUUCCUUAUGGAAAAUGAUAAAUGGCGUGAUAUGCGAAAUACCCUGAGUCCAGCCUUUACGGGCAGUAAAUUGCGCCAAAUGUUUCAAUUUAUGUUGGACUCGACAAAUGAGGCCAUGAGCUAUUUGCGAGAACAGCAGCAGGAAGGCGGACAGGAAAUUGAUGUAAAGGAUUUCACAACCCGUCUGACAAAUGACAUUAUCGCCUCGACAGCAUUUGGCUUGAAGAUCAAUUCGUUUCGGGAUAAGGAUAACGAAUUCUAUACCAAGGCCAUGUACAUAAUGAGUUUUCCGUUUGGAAUACAAAUGAAAUUGAUGUUUACCAUGAUGUUUCCACGAUUGGCAAAUCUUCUAAACAUACGAAUAUUUGGCAGGUAUGCCGAUUAUUUCAGCAGCCUAGUCUUGGAUGCCAUGAAAUAUCGCAAGGAUAACAAUAUACAACGUCCGGAUAUUAUACAAUUGUUAAUGGAGGCCAGGGGUAUGAUUCCCUCCGAUUCCCCCAAGAUGCAUUCACGUGAAUGGUCCGAUUUGGAUUUGGUAGCCCAGUGUUUUGCUUUCUUUUUUGCUGCCCUUGAGACAUCAUCUUUGGUGAUGAGUUUUGCCUCCCAUGAGCUAAUGGAAAAUCCGGAGGUGCAGCAGAAACUCCAUGAGGAAAUAGAAAAAUUUGAAAAUCAAUCUAUAACACCUGAAAUUUUACAAAAAAUGCCCUAUCUGGAUAUGGUUGUGUCGGAAGUUCUACGCAAAUGGCCGGUGAAUAUAUUCACCGAUCGAAUGUGUACCAAGGAUUUUACGUUUGAAUUCACGGAUGAGGGGGGAGAACGCAUUGAAAUACGCAAAGGCGAUGCUGUGCGUAUCAUCAUGUCUGGCUUGCACAGAGAUCCAAAAUACUAUGAAAAUCCCAGUGCCUUUGAUCCGGAACGUUUUAGUGAGGAGAAUAAGAAAAAUAUUGAUGCCGGUACUUAUUUGCCAUUUGGUUUGGGACCCCGCAGCUGUAUUGGUUUACGUUUUGCUCUUUUGGAAGUUAAGGCCUUUUUGUUUUAUCUGGUUCGAGACUAUCGUUUGGAAGCCUCGCCACGCACCACACUGCCCAUGGAAAUUUCCACAUCGAACCUUCAUUUUGAACCCAAGGGUGGCUUUUGGUUGAAAUUUGUACCAAGGAAAUAAA